AUGGUUUCUCAUCCUUCGAGCAGUGUGAAACAACAUUAUAACCCUCCGACGUCUAAUGCAUCAAGCUCUUCUUUAUUUCAAGCGACGGGAGAGGCCAGUCGUGAUUUACAAAUCACCGGCGUAACCCGUCGAAACACCAGCUGGCAGUAUCAUAUUGAAGUGCUCGAUGUGCGCGCGUCCAGCUUCAAUAGCAAUCAUAUGACCAUCUGUGUCCGUAAAAUGAGCAUGGAAAACAACAGCAGUGUCAUUACAAAUGCUUCAGAAGAAGAACAGAGCUCUGUGUACCCGGAUUUACCGCCGGUUGUACGAUAUACAGUCACAAGACGAUACACGGACUUCCGCCAGCUGUACAAUUAUCUGGUGGAUACACAUGGUAUAGCAUUACGAGAUGCUCUGCCGAAGUUCCCGGACGGAGGUUGGAUCUCCUAUCUCCGUGGAGACGACCCAAGACUACUGCAUUAUAGACGUGAGAGAUUGCAGCGAUUUUUACGAGCUGUGGACACUCGUCGAGAACUGCGGUGGAGUGUGGCGUUCAAGAAUUUCCUGCGGCCAGAUCUUCAAGACAUUGCAUCCAUCACUACAAGCACCUCAAGCUCGACGUUGUUUGCUGAUAACCUGUCUAUCGCUACCUCAAGCAGUAGCAACAAUAUCGACACGCGGCUUCUACCACCCCCGCCAAUCUCAGCGCCAACGUCACUUCCACCACGCCAUAGUCGUAUUGAUAAACCGGAUGCCAUCGCUGUGCCACCUGUGAGCUCAUCGGGCGGUUACGUAUCGCUGUCGCAACUCAAGUCUCCUGAGAUUCGCUUUAGAAAGAAAAUGGUCCCAGGAAGCGCUGAUCCACGUGGCGACUUGAAGCGCCGACGGUUGUAUCUUUACAGUCAAGAUGCAGACGAUAUGGAUGUUGAGCAGCGUAAACCUUCUGCUAAAAAACAAUUUGUGAUGGCGCUUAGUGGUGCGCUUGGCUUCAAACGCUUUGUUGUGGGGGUCGGAAGUGGUGUCAUCGGGGCUCUGGGUCGAAUGGGCAGUGAGCGAUUGGACUCUGUAGAGACCGCUGAGUACCAAGAUGAUGAUAGUGAUACAGAGGGGGAAAGAGGGUCGAGUGAAAGCGCGUGUGACCGCAACGCUACCUUGCUCAAGAUCUUGUCUAGUGGGGGUAGUCAAACUAUACAGCACUAA